UGAUUGAGAAUGUGACCAAGGAUAUAAAUCAGCAUGUCUGGUGAAUGCACUUCAUAUGUAGGCUAGUUAAUUGGUUGAGUGAAAAGCGAGUCUUGGUGGCCCCCGUAGGUUUCUAUUCGCGUCGCUGUCUCUGCGUACUACAUACUCUACGGGGUAAAGGAGUCCCAGUUCUGUUACGAAGAGGAGUGAAGCACAUCACGAACAUAAAAAUGACUACGGAAAAGCCGUGCAUAUUAACCCCUGCAUCUGUAUCAGGUGGAAUAUACCGGCUUUUAGGCCCUACCAUUGAGAAGUACUUCACCGUUAUUUCUACUGAGGAAUUCUUAAGCAACAGAGAGCGCUUUGUUGACCAAAUUCGAGCCGUGUUCGUAUGGGAAGGCCCCGAGAUAGACUGCAGUUUGCUGCAGCUUUUGCCUAACCUGAAGGUGGUCGUCAAUGGCGGUGUGGGAGUGGACCACCUGGAUAUACCCAUGAUCAACAACUUCGGCGUGAAAGUGUGCAACACGCCGCACGUUGUGGACAACGCCACUGCAGAUAUUGGAAUGGCUCUGAUGUUGGCAUCAGCGCGGAAACUCAUCUAUGGUCACAAUUUUUCCCUUUUUCGUGAAGAUGAGGAUUUGCCUGAGAGUUGUUUGGGCACUGAUGUCAGUGGUGCCACGCUGGGCAUCAUUGGGAUGGGCCGGAUAGGGUACAAGAUUGCCAAACGGGCCCAGGCAUUUGAAAUGAAGAUCCUAUACCAUAAUAGAAACCGUAGGCAGGAGGAAGAUGAAAGAGCAGUAGGUGCACGGUAUUGUGAAAAGUUGGAAGAGCUGCUGCAACAGUCAGACUUUGUCAUGGUGGUGGUAAACCUGUCACCUCAAACGCACAAGCUGAUUGGUGCCAAGGAGCUGGCGAUGAUGAAGCCUACAGGCACGCUCAUCAACAUCAGCAGAGGUCUGGUGGUAGACCAAGAUGCUCUCGUUGACUCCCUUCAGAGGGGGGUGAUCCGAGCUGCAGCCCUGGAUGUGACAUACCCUGAACCCUUGCCAAGGGGACACUCCCUGCUUUCCCUUCCAAAUGUCAUUGUUCUGCCCCACAUGGGCACUCACACUGUGGAGACCAUUCAGCUGAUGGUGGACAGGAUGAUGACCAACGCCUUGGCAGCUCUCAGUGGAGCACAGCCUCCCGAUGAGGUGAAGGUGUAGGACACAGCAGCACUAAUAUGGUCCUCUGAGGCCACCAUCCAGGUGGUUUUAACAUUGACUGCAUUUUUAGCAUUUAUUUUUGUAGAAUCUGGAUGAACAAUCAAUUAAUACAAAACAAUACCGUACAUAUAUUCGGUAUUUAAACUACAUCCCUCGGAUUGAACCAGAUGCUACGACCUUGUGCUUGUGGUUCUGUAACCCCUCCCCUGAGAGUAUAAGCUUUCUAAUGAUGUAUAACAUGGCUAAUUCUGCUUUUGUAAUAGCGUUUUAUAGGUCAGCGUAACCGAAAAUGUUCUUAUCAUCGCAUUCAAUUACGCAUUCUCUGUUGUAGCAGUAAAACAAAGACACUGCUAACAAAACGUUGUCAACGAUUUUUCGUAAACUCCUGGAAAAUACUGUUAUUAUUGAGGACUUCUGAGCAUAGCUAAGCCAUAUGUUUGCUGAUAGACCUAGCUGACAUCAUUUUCUGGAGCAAAACAGAAGCGAAUAGAACAGUAUCAUUUAUUUACUGUCUCUGUCUCCAUCUACUGAACAUAGAUAAGAUUUCAUUCAUUGCUAUGUAAGUAUUACUUCUCAAAAUACUUCGGUUAUAUACGUUAUUUUUGAAAUUGAGAGUCUUUAAAUAGGUGGUAUUAUAUAAUGUGGAUAUUUCACACUGUAGUGUAAGCGUUAGUUAGGGCUGUAAUGUUUGUGAAGCAUGCAACAGUGAUGACGUAAGAGUUGGAACAUUGCCAAAACGUGGUGGACGGUUGAAAAUUGUUUUCAUGUUGUCCCAUCCCCAUACAAGAGAACAUACGAGAGCACAGAGUAUAGAAAUACAUACAAUAGUUAAUUAUUGCACAUUUAGGUACUGUACCGCAUUGUGUGACAAUUAUUUUUUAAUCUGAUAGCAAUGUUUCAUCUUACACCUUCAUAAGGGGCUCAUGUAUAUGCUUUAUAAUGAACAAAAAGCAUUUUAUUCAAUUUUGGAGAGAUUUUGGAUAUGUUUCUGGACCCCUAGAUAUUUUAGACAACUGUACUGACUGAAAGCUUGUAAUUCCCACUUGAAAAUUAUGCAACAGUGAUUUUUCUUGAGUCAAAACAAUUGAUUUGUAGUGAAAUACGUGAAUAUGUUGUGAUUUACAACAAUGCAUAAUUUAGACAUUUUGGAUAGAUUUGGAGACGCUGGGUACACUGCUUAGUUUUUGCUUCAUACAUCUAUAGUCUAUAGUUCUACAUAUCCACCCUUAGAUUUUAUGAACUUGUGGUCAAGAAGUUUUUGAUCUAGCACAUGUAUAGUUUAACCUCCUGUAUAUAUGCAAUCUCUCAGUAUUUCAUUGCAAACUUAAAAAGUGAAAAUUUAUUUUAGAUUUUUUGUUAAAACAAUUGCAUUUGUGGCACUUUAUUUCUUACAAAAGUAUGACUAUAAAAUAAUCUGCGUUAGUAUUGUAAA